AGCAACGAGCGCUUGAUACGCUUCGUUUCUGUAUUUAAAUGUUUUGCUAUUUAAUUCAAAGUUAAUUAUUAAUCAUGUUGUGAGUAAUGAGUGAUACCGAUACGGACGAUACUGAUCUGUUGCUGCUAAUACCGCCCAAUUACUAUACAACGCGGGUGGCCAAGAUGAGCGCAGCUGCUGAGGCAGAUGCACUCGCUAUGCCGCCGCCGCCUCUGCCGCUGCCAGCGUCUACAACAGCUGCGUAUCAGUUUUUGUUGCCCGGCAAGAAGUCGGAAUUGAAUCACAUAAAUGCGCGUUUACAAAACAUGGAGCUGGAGCAGCUGGAAGAACAGCGACGCUUUGAUGCGCCCUCUGAUCUAUCCACAAUUUCGUCAAGUACAGUGCGCACUGCCUUGGGCAGUCGACCGCACGGCAUGGUACACUCGACGCCCAAGGGCGAUCCUCGGCUGGAGGAGAAUAUAUUGCUGGAAAUCGAUAAUUAUCUGGAGGACAACAAUGCCUGGCCCCAACAGCAACAGCACGAACAGCAGCAGCAGCAUUACAGCGAUGAUCAUUUGCGCAUGCGUGGCUAUUCGAUGCAGGCGCAGGACUCGCAGCAGACAGCGACUUCAUUGCCCAGCAUACGACUGGGUGCGUCCGUAUCUAUGGGAAAUGAAAACAAACUCAUCAGUCUAAGCGAGCUAUGGGGCAAAAGCAAUCUGGCAGGCACUGUCAUACCAAAUAAUAUGUCUGGACAGCAGGGCAGCACUUCUCUCAAGGAAGAACAGCUACGCCGUCAGCACUUGGAGAAAAUGGUACAAGCGUUGCAGACACAGCUGCUGGAGUAUCAGCAGCGCAUCUCGGUGGCCAUAGAGGUCGAUCGAACAAAGGACAGCGCCUUGCAGCAGGCAGAGCAACAACUAAAGACGCUUAACUUUGAGGUUCAGCAUAUGCGCGACUCGGUGCAUAGGUUGGAAACAGAGCGCAAUGACAAUCGCGACAGAUGCGAAUCGUUGCAGCAUGAGCUAUCUCAGGCAGUGGGCCUGGCGACCAAGUUCCAAGAGAAGAUAGACAAACUGGAGGCUGAGCUAGCGCGCUCCAACCAACAGGCCAGCGAGACACUGCAGAAACUAGAGCAAGUCGAGCUGCAGCUGCAAAGCAGCAAACGUGCCGAAGAGCUAUCCCAUGCCGAGCAGAAUAAGCUGCGGGAUAAGUUCGCCAAGGCGGAUUAUCAGCAGGAGAAGCUGAAAGGCCGCGUAGAAGAACUAGAAAAGGAUAAGUCCACGCUACAACAUCAAAAGGAAAUGUUGCAAGAGUAUCAUCAGAAGCAAAAGACGCGCGCAGAUAAUCUGGAAUUGCAGCGCAAGUCCAUGCAAGAGGCCCUGGCGAAUCUUACCGACAUUGAGGCAAAUCUCAAGAAAAAGCUGGAAGUUCAGCAGAAAUCUUUGAAGCAACAUUACCAGCAGCAAAUGGAAAAUGUGGUGGCCAAAAAGUUGCAAGAAUUUCAAGCACAGCUGGACAAAUCGGAGGAGGUGCUGAAGGCAGAGGCACGCGAGCGUGAACAUCUGAUAGCCGAUCGAGCUGUCAAGCAGUUGGAGAUGAUCAACGAGAAGAACAACCAGGAGUUGAAUCUCAUACAGGAAAAGCACAAUGAAGAGGUGGAACUCUACCGAUUGCAGCUGGCAAAUGCAUCUAAGAAAAUAGACGAGCUGGAACUCAAGCUCAGCUGCUACAAGACAAAGCGUGCGGACAUUGCGGAAAAGCUGCAUGGCGUAAUGGAAGCUCAAUGGCAACAGGCACUGGCCAUACUCACCUCGCCCAAUCACACGUUUCAGACGACAAGUGGCGAGACGGAUAGCGAGUCGCCGGAUUUAAACAAUGCGCGUCACUCUGCCGAUACGCCCAAGUCAAGUAAAACUCAACGUAGCAACAACACUGAGAAGAACAAUCUGGAUUUGGCGGCCAAAAAGGAUCCUCCAUCUCCCAUGGAUAAGCUGCAAGCAUACAUUGAACUGCUGUUGAGCAAAUCGCCAAGUGAUUUCGAUAAGCUUGAUAAGAUUCUUGCCAUGAACGCCAGGCAAAACGCCAAGCCACAGAAGCGAAAUUCCAACAGCGGUUCCAAGCCACCGCCCUGGAAGUCCUGAUAAUUAUAAAAAUUAGAAUUAAUUUAACCUGUAGUAAAUAGUUUGAUAGUCUGAUUUUCAAUGUAGCCACAUGGAAUGGCUUCUAUUUUUGUACCCCUUUUUACUUCGAAGUUGUG